UUUAGAAAUAUCUGGUUUCAUUAACCCUGCGAUUGUAAGUUUGACAGAUGAACAAAUUGAUGACAUCGAAACCGAUAUUCGUCUCUUACCGGAGACGAUGAAUCUACCAGCGAAUCAUCCACAGCUACAACAAUAUUGGGGAACAUAUAACUCCAAUCCAAGCAAAUUUCGGUUUAUGGCUGGAGAACGAGCAUUAAUUAAAAAAAUUGCUGAUAGUGUUCAACAAAAAGGUUGGAUGUACUUCGCGAAGUAUAAAAAAAAUCAUUCUUUAAACACACGGACGACAGAUGAGUCAGUUGUAGUCUCAAUCAUCGCUAAAAUUAGAGAUUACUAUGAUCGUAGGAAUAGUGGAUCUAGUGUGAUAAAACAGUUUUGCUUAAUGCUCUCUAAUAUUCAUGUUUCGCUUGAAAAAACGGAGAAUACGGUCAGGGCGAAAGUUCAGUGUCCUAUUUGCCAACAUCUUGUAACCUGUAAUGUGGAUUGUAAGGGUGUAUGGAAGAUUUCAAAUUUUACAUCGCAUGUAAGAAAUGUGCAUAGAUUUGUGGGCCAAAAGAUUUCAGCUAGCUGGAACGAAAUGGCUGUGCGUGAAGAAAAUUCCUAUAUAUUGGAAAUCGAACCAAAUCAAGCUGAGCGGUCAUAUGACAUUAUGUCUGAGGAAAAUAGUGCGCGGGAAGCUCUUGAUUUCAACAUCAAUGAAGCGAAUAACAGUUACUUAGAUGGCGACCACGUGCUAAGCGAACAAGCAGAAUACGAACAAAUUGAAAGUAUUGAUAAUAACACUAUUCGUUCAGAACAUUCGGAAUCAUCUUACUUGGAGUUACCAGAGAGAGAGGCUCUUCGUGCUAGCGACGAGGAAGGAACUUCUACCGAAAAUUUAAAUGCAUAGUGCAUCAGCCUGUGGCCUCUGCUGAUGCACUAGAACUUGGCCAGUCUUCACCAUUUAUAUCUCUGUUGCAGUCAGUACAAAAUCGCCGGAGAAACAUGACACGCAGCUGCGGCAUGCGUUACAGUAACGUCGAAAGGGAAAUUUUUUUAUAUGAAUUCAUGCAACAAGGCCCGGAGGGUUACAAUUUCUUAUAUGCGAAUACACCAUGCCCAAGCAUUAGAACAUUGCAACGUGACUUACAGAAAAGAUCAAAAUCUAUCGAAGAAGGCAUUGUUAGAGUUGAGGAGCUUAAGGCAUAUAUAAUAAGAAAUAAUCUACCAAUGAUUGUAAUAAUGAGUGAAGAUGCAACGAAGAUCAACGGAGCUCUCGAAUAUGAUUCUACUAGAAAUAAAGUUUGCGGAUUGGUAGCUCCUUUAGACAACAACGGAAUGCCACAAUGUGAUUUAUUUGAAAUUACUAACCCUCGAAAACUCAUUGCUGAUGUUCAUCAAUAUCCCAUAGGACGUAAUGUUGUGGUUACUAUGACUCAGCCGUUAAAGCAAAAAACUGCACCUUUCUGUUUGCAAUAUUUUUGUACAGAUAACAAAUUCACUAGUAGUCAAGUACGAACCAGAUGGAAUUCGAUAAAAACUAAACUGCUUAAUGCUGAUAUAGGGGUUAUAGCCACAUCAACUGACGGCGAUCCACGGUAUGUAACCGCAAUGAUGGAAGAUAUGCGUAUGCCAACAAUCACUGACAAUCCUUACGGGGAAUACUUUAUUGCGUCAUGUUCAGCUGAAAAUAUAUGCGUGCAGGAUCCUACUCAUACUAUUAAUAAAUUUAGAACUCGGUUAAUGCGACGUGACAAACAACUUAUCAUUGGUAAACAUCAAAUAACACGUACACACCUGGAAGAUCUCAUUCGUAACGUAUCAAAAGAUAAACAUGGUCUGAUAUUGGGUGAUUUAAACGAAGACGAUAAAAUGAAAUUCCAACCCGUUCUGAAAAUUAUUAAACCAGAGGUACUGCUCUGCAUGGAACAGUCAGUAACAUCAAGCCAAGCAACUGUUUUGUAUUUAUCAUUGAUGAAAUUCAUUCUAUCGGCGUUUAUGGAUCCAUGUAUAUCACCAACAGAGGCUGUUUUCAAUUGCUGGUAUACGCUGUUUGUAAUAAGAGCUUGGAGAAAAUGGUGCAUGAAUAAAUUUAAAACAGUUAAACAUUGUAUUACAAGCAAUACAUAUUGGUGUUUGGAACUAAAUGCUCACAGCCUUGUAAAAUAUAUCAACAUUUGUCGAGAUGAAAACAUACCAUAUAUACCUACACUUUUGCACAGUCAGACAUGCGAAAGUUUUUUUCGUGCAGCACGAUCGUUUACAACAACUGAAUCGACAGUGGUUAAUUUCACUAUGAAAAGUUUUCAAUCCAGACUGAAUCGCAUACAAGCAAAACAAGAUAUUAUGUAUAGCAGGACUGAAGAAUUUUCCUUCCCGAGAAUACAACAAAAUACAAAUACUGUAAACUUCGACAUGCCAUCAACUCAAGAAAUUGUAUGUACUUUAACGAAAGCAAGAGCAUAUGCAUUUGAUACUCUUAUCAGUCUUGGAAUUGAUAAAUUGGAUAUCGAAUUUACAGAUUCUCUUUCACUGCGACAUUCGCGAACAAAACCAACUGAUUUUGAAUUCAUUUCUCUACAAUGCUCCGGAAAUAGUGCAAUUGAACGAAACUUUGAAGCGUUAGAUAUAAACGAUGUGGAAGAACUAAUCCCUAAUUCUGGAGGAGAGUUGAAUUUGAAGAAUUCGAAAUGCUCAACAAGACAUACAUUCGCUAUUAGAAACAAGAAAGGUACUGUGAUUCAUGUCAAGAAAAGUACGUUCCUAUGGAUUUUAUCUAAUGGCACUCAAAGAUGCUCGAGUGAUCGCUCUUAUCGAUUUCGAGAAACAUCGGCAGUCAAUGAAGCAGUUGUGCGUGAGGUUAAUAAAGUAUUUACUUCAAUCCGCUGCGGAGAAUGGAUAGCGAUGAAAGCAAACGAAGAAGUGUUCAUAGUAAAAAUAUAUGGUUUCAAAUAUUUGAGUGGAGACCGAACGUCGUAUACUUUAACUGAAGCUCCAAUACAUGUACCUACAGGUACCACCGCAAAAGGUGUUGGGGUAAUUGGAAAUUACUUUACAAUUGUUUGUUGUAAAAAGGAUAUUGUAUUAGAAUUAGAUGAAGAAUUCAACGAACGUACUCUAGACACAAAAUACUAUAUCUCUCAUUUGGAAAAGCCAGAAACUCACACUUAUGGCAUAUUUUAUAAAUUAAACACAUCGAAAUACAUUCGUGCACUUUUAUUGGCUUCUGCUAAUACAAUAAAUAAAAAUAUGAUUUGA